AUGUCAAACACUGAGGUAAGCGAGGAAGCAAAACUUCGAAUUUCUGACUCAUCAUCUUCAGUUACAGAAGCCGACGUUAGUAUACCACCUAUUACUAUACCUCAGGUAAAUACAUCUAACAAAUCCCGAUCUCCAAUUUCUAUUUUGCCCAAUGAUCCAAAAGAAAUGCGAAAGAAGGCAUAUUAUCAAAAUGGUAUUGGGUGA